AACUCACCAUAACAAUCAUGUGAUCUAUGGGCACAGCUUGAUGCAGGUUUAGAUCAAAACCACCUGUUCCCUGUCAAAACUUCAAAUUGUGUCAAGUCAAUGUCAUCUUAUUAACAAAUAAAUGAAAAUAAUAUGUCUUUGUUCUUGAGCUUGUAAUAAAUAUCAACUGACAGUGGGUCAGGCUACCGUAACAAUUUGAUCAGCUGAGGAUGUCCGCAUUAGAUGAAGAAGAUUUAACUACCGAUGCAUUUGCUAGUCCACCAAGAGAUGACGUACAAAAUGAAUCGAAUUCAACAUCCCAAAAUGGAAUAAAUGACACAGAAACUAGACGAAGACAUUCGGAUGGCGGUGGAAAAAGCUCACAAAGACACAAAGGAGGUUCGGAAAGUGAUGAUAGUGAUCCAUCAAACCCUAGAAAAUGCUGUAGUGAUAGGAGGUUCAGCAGUAAAUCUCAUGAAGGGUAUCACGGACCUAAUGCUUAUGCCAGUGUCAUCAACAUAAGCAAUGCAACUGGUAUACAAAUAGGCUCAAAUUUCACCUACUACAUCAACUCUCCUAAUGAUGCAGGUAAAAAAACACCAAAAAGGAGCAAGGAUGUACCCAAGACUGAAAAAAUCACAUUGUUAUUAAAUUCUGAAGAAAGAGUAACAGAAAAAGAUAUUCAGUUUUUAUCAGCUCAUAUUGAUGCAACAUGGAUGGAGACUGCUAGGAAGUUGGACUACUCAGAGGGCCAAAUCAGUCAAUUCUACUGUGAUUUUAUUAACAUUGGUUUAAAAGAGGUUAUAUAUCAGUUUUUAUUAGAUUGGAUAAGGAACAAUGGGAAGAAUGCUACAGUUGGUAAAUUAGCAGAAGCCUUAUGGAAUUCUGAUCAAAGACAAUGUGUUUCAAAGUGGUCACAGAAGUAGACUCUUUCCAGAUAUCCAAUUAUGAAGUUAUUCCUAAGAAUAACAUGUCCAAAUUUAUCUCGUUUAUGGUAGUCCAAAGUUGAAGACUUGAGAUAUAUCUAUAAAGAAGUUUAUAUUUUAUACAUAAUAAAUAUAAUUUUAUGUUUCUGUUUUAA